AUGGCGUCGGCAACGACUGCUAAGCUCUUGUGGUCUCCCCUGAUCGCGCUGCUCUUGCUGUCCGUCUGCGAUGCUAGUUCAGUGAAAGAGCCUGAGGGCACCUCCGUUGUGUUCAGCAUCGAAAACUAUGGGGCCCGGGGCGACGGGAAGCAUGACGACACGCAGGCCCUGGCCAAGGCGUGGAGCGCGGCGUGCUCCUCUUCCCGGCCGGCCGCCCUGCUCGUUCCGAAGGGCAAGAACUACUUGCUCAAGUCCACCACUCUUUCUGGCCCAUGCAAAUCCACCGUCGUCUUCAUGGUAAAAGGCACGCUGGUGGCCCCUCCGAGCCGGUCUGACUGGAGUGACGACAACAUCAGCCACUGGAUCAUGUUCCAAGGAAUCUCCGGUCUCACAGUCACCGGUGGUGGUGUUAUCAACGGCAACGGCGAGGUUUGGUGGAAGAACUCAUGCAAGACCAACGAAGCUCUACCGUGCACACAGGCUCCGACUGCUUUGACGUUUCACCUAUGCGAUAAUCUGAAGGUGGACUACCUGAAAAUUGUCAAUAGCCAACAGAUCCACAUGUCGGUAGAGGAUUGCACCGAUGUGCAAUUAACCCGCCUAUCUAUCACGGCGCCCGGCACGAGCCCGAACACCGAUGGCAUCCACAUCACACGCUCCAAAGAUGUGCAAGUUAGAGACUGCGUCAUCAAGACCGGAGAUGACUGCAUGUCAAUUGAGGAUGGAACUCACAAUCUUCAUGUGACUAAAGUCGUGUGUGGUCCCGGACAUGGCAUCAGCAUUGGAAGCUUGGGAGACGAUAACUCCAGAGCCGAGGUUUCUGGUAUUACAGUUGACUCGGUACAGUUAUAUGGCACAACUAACGGUGCCCGAAUCAAGACAUGGCAGGGUGGAAGUGGGUUCGCGAAGGAUAUCAUAUUUCAGAACAUUAUCAUGGACAACGUGCAAAACCCAAUUAUUAUUGACCAGAACUACUGCGACUCUGCUAAGCCAUGCAAGGAUCAAGAAUCGGCAGUGGAGAUCAGCAACAUCAUCUUCAAGAACAUUAGAGGGACUACCACUUCCAACGAUGCCAUCAAGUUGAGUUGCAACAAAAUCGCCCCGUGCUCCGAUAUUUCCCUGGAGAACAUCGAGUUGAAAUUAGAGGGUGGCAAGGGUGACACCGAAAGCACAUGCCAGAAUGCAAAAUGGAGAAAAUCUGGAAAUGUUGUGCCAUCGCCUUGCAAAGGCAACAACUAG